AUGGGGAUCGUACAAAGUGGUGCAUUUCAGAAUGAUGUCGAUCAAAGGGAGACACUUUUGAGGUGGAUGACAUGUCAUAUUGUUGAGAAUAGGCAGAGCACUAAGAGGGGAUUUUAUGGAGCUGUGAAGACCUUUUUGGUAGACACACCUGUGGCAGCCCCUAGUGGACCUACUACUUCUGUUGAUGUGACUCUGGGCACUGAUUCCCAAGAUCAAAGUGAUGCACUGGGCAGUGAUGCCCCGACAGAUGGAUUAAUCAUGCCUCCACGAAGAGUUUUCCGAGGCUAUCCUACUAGGAGGAACGUUGAGGAGCAAGGGGUUGGGCAGCAAAAAGGAGCUAGAAAAGAAGUGGCUGAUACUUCGAGGAUCCGAGAGUUCUUGAGGUUGAAUCCUCCAAGUAUCACUGGUUCAAGAACUACUGAGGAUCCAAAAAGUUUAGUUGAGGAACUGAAAAAAAAGUCUCAGGGUAGUGUGCCACAAGGAGGUAACCUUCAUGUGCUAAGUGUUGUAGGACCCAUCAAGGGCAAUAAAUCCCAAUCUUCAUCAGUUGCUCCACUCGACAGUGUUGCACCUAGAGGAGCUACUUUCGAUACUGGCGGAGGAAGAAACCGCCUUUAUACGAUCACUAGUCGUCAAAAGCAAGAAACUUCUCCAGAUGUUGUCACUGGUGCAAGUUUGUCUACUGUUGGACUGUUGGCUUUACUACUCUUUUGCUUCAGAGAAAAAAAGUUGUGGUACAAAUACAUCAGGUUUUGGGAAUCUAAUGCUGAGGAUCACCAAAAAGUUGAAGAAUUCUUAAAGAACUAUGGAUCAUAUGCUCCAAACAGAUACAAUUAUACAGACAUCAAAAGAAUCACCGGUCGCUUCAGAAGCAAACUAGGACAAGGAGGAUUUGGUAAUGUGUACAGAGGAAGAAGAGUUGUUAGUCCUUCAAGUUAG